AUGGGUAAUAAAUCAUUGAAAUCUUCGAAGAAACAGUCACCAUCGUUAUUGAUUACUCGUAUGGAUGAUGCCGUCGGUGCGAAGUCGACUUCAAUGGCUCAGUAUCCAAUAUCAACAGGCGCAGCAUCACUUUCCUGUCUGACUGCUGAAUAUUAUCAAAUACAUAACCAAGAAGCGCUAGAUACUUGGCGAACAAGAGCAUUGCAUACGAUCGAUGAUCUGUACGAACAAAAGGCAACAUUUCUUCGACACGAAGCACAUGUUAGUGCUCUUCUAGGACAACUGAGAGCAAUAAUUGAUGAAGAAUCGCCUCCUCGACAUGGGAGUGGGUACUUCAUUGAUGAUCAACAUGUAAGACAAGUCCAUCUUCCAGCAAAUAAUUCCGAAGAAUGA